AUUUUCAGUGCCUCACUUCUGCCAAAAACACCUGGAAACUACAAGAUUUUUCCAAACGGUACAGUACUUAGACUUCCAAAAGUUAUUCAGGCCAAAUUCUAAGAGAGAAAGAAAGUCUUAUUCCACUGUUUUCACUAUUAAAUCUCUCCUCUGCCAGCUGAACUAAAACCAAUUUAUUUACCAUCUAACAACAAACAAUUCCCUGUUAGUCGUAUUUAUUUUUCUUAAACUGAUGUCACACCUGUCUCAGACUGUCUCAUCCUGUGUGCCAGUUUCCACCUGUCUCCCAGGUCUGGCUUCAGUUCAUUCUGGCCCUUCCCCAUACAGUUACCGGAGCCAGACGACACUCAGCGCAAACACAUCAUCCCUUAAAGCUCCUGAGGUUGGUUUGUUGUGCCUGCAAAGGGCGGUUUUGGACUCGAGAGUUUUUCCCUGUUUGGAGAUGAAAGGGAGGGUGUGAGAGACGGACAGAUAAAUUGCACGCACACACAUGGGAUCAGCCUCAUACAAUACAGUCCCACCAUGGAGUUCAAAGGAGUGUGUGUGCUGCUGGGAGUGCUACUAAUGGUGAGCUGCUCAUUUCAGCAGACCUCACUACGGAAGAAGCCGCUGAAAAAAGGUACACAACAUUCUCUGAUUAACAAUCUUCACUGAGGAUUUGAGCAAAAAUUCUCCACUAUAUUUAUUGCUCAGUGAGACUUUCAUCUCAGAGCGCGGACAGUAAAUCACACCUGAUUUGAAUUUCCUCCUUUUUAUGUCAUUGGAAUCAGAGCCAACAAAAGAUCCUGCAAUCGAGGAGCUGCAGAAACAGAUUGAUAACAUCAUCCAGGAGCUUAACCUACUGAAGGAGCAACAAGCCCUGCAGACAGGUAAAGAUAAGACUCUGAAUUGAAGAACAAAAUUAACGAAAACAAAUUCUUUCUUCUCUCUAAAACUGCACACUAAGCAUCAUAUUAAUAUGUGAGUCAGUUUUUUGUGAAGUUUUUGCAUCAUUGUGCUUUACUUUUAGAAGGGCCUUGUAUAAUGAGAGAACAUUUUCAUACAGUUAAUAAUAGCAAAGUGAGAGAAAAACUGAAAUUAAAACUGCAAAAAGAAAUAAUUAUCAACUUUCAUCAGUCAAGAGUAAAACAACACGAUGGGGGAUGAGAAAAAGAGACAUUUUUGAUAAGUUACUUUAAAGAGUAUGGAGUCUGAGUUUCCAAAGACCAAAGUUUGGACACCCAGACUGGACGAUUUUGUAACCAAGAGCUUUUUUGUCAAUCAAAUUUUCAAGACUUUUAAGACUAAAGGGCCCAAGAAUUAUCCUUUUUGGCCCUGUGGUAGUCUUGCAUCAUCCCAUAAAAAAAAAACUACAAAAAUUUACAGAUUUAUCCAAAUUUGAAACCCUGUAAAAACAAACUCUACGCUGUUGGCUCUCUGAUGAAGACACGCCUCUUCUGUGGAGGGUUUUAAAGCUUUACUGUGUGAAUUUAUAUGAACUACAGCGUGAAGGGCAUCUUGUCUGUGUUCAAGUUGGGGCCAAAAGCCUGUAGCGUUGUUCUUUUAAAAAUAGAGACAGAUGGGAUGCAUGUGUAGUUUUGGAAACUGCUGGUACUCACUUUGGAAAGCACACAGCAUACCAUUUAUGACCCUUUUUUCAGAACACAAAAUUACAUCCAGUUGUUUCUGCAAACAGUAACUGAGUGUAUUGUGUUUAUUUACUCGCUCACAAAUACCACUAACUACUUAGUACUAAAAGAAAACAAGUUUAAAAGAGUUUAAAUGAUUUUAAAUAUCGCUCUAAGUCUAUCUAACAUCUGCUCUUUUUUGUUUUUCUCUUCAGUCUGUUUGAAAGGCAUAAAAAUCAAUGGCAAGUGUUACUUGGCCGACCCUCUGAGAAAGCGCUAUCACACUGCCAGCGAGGACUGUAACGCCCUAGGCGGACUCCUCGGCACACCCACGUCCAGCGAUGAGAACGACCAGCUCAGAGACUACAUCCGCCAGAGGAUCGGCCCAGAUGAGCAGAUCUGGCUUGGUGUCAACGACAUGGUGACCGAGGGCACCUGGAUGGACACCACAGGUUUCAGCAUUUCAUACCAAAACUGGGACACAUCCAACUACCGGUCCCCUCAGCCGGAUGGUGGGAUGUCCCAUAACUGUGCCGUCCUGUCGGUGGCCUCUAGGGGGAAGUGGUUUGACGAGAACUGUCGUGACGAGAAACCUUCUGUCUGCCAGUUUAACAUUGUUUGA